AUGUUCAAUCUGAAGGGGAUCGUGGCCACUUUGGUAGGCGUUGGCAUCACUGUUGUUAAUGCUGGACCUUGCAAGCCCCAGUCUUUGUCUGAAGCAGCUUCUUCGACCACCGGCGUCUCUGUGUCUGGCUAUACUUCACUCGUAUCAUCCGCCACCUGGGCCAGUACCUCGACCGUCAGCUCUGACACAGAAUUAGCCACCGAUUCUGCGACCUUGACUCAGACCAACGACGUCCCGACAACCCUAGCUGAAUCUACAGUCACUUCGGCUACCGCUUCAGCUACAACAUCUGUAGCCGUCGACACACCAUGCGGAAACCAAAUCUAUCGAGGCACUGCCUCAAACCCCGGCUACACUUCCACCGACGCCGCAAACGAGGUGGAAUGUUGGGAGUCAUGCUCCAGCGAUUUUGAAUGCAGUACCUGGUUUUUCCAGUCAGAAGGCGUUUGCCAACACUAUCGCGAAACCCUUGCUGUUAUCGGUCGCCCCGAAAACGAAGAUAGUAACCUCAUCGGCUCUCGCAACUGCUCCCCUCGCCACUACAUCCCUUGCAGUAAUGACAUUGGCUUUGGAUAUAUUGCUGAGACUCCAACUGGUCAAGUUCAGCCUGUUGAGUUCGAAGCCGACUGCGCUCAUGUGUGUAUGAAAGACGGCGACUGCAUGUCUUGGCAGUACGACAGCUAUUCGCAAACCUGCAACAAGUUCUCCAGCUACUUUGGUGAUAUUAUCACCCCCCAGGCGGAUGCUUCUCCAGCUCAAAAAAUCUUGCUUGCAGGUUCCCGAAGCUGCUCUUCGGACUUUUUUAAGCCACAGUUGGAGCCUUGCAAUGACCAGAUCAACACAGUGGAUGCCAGAGACAUAGGGGGAGAGGGGUACAGAUACUUUACCGAGUUUAACACAGUCGCGCUCUGCGCAAGGGCUUGUUCCAUUGAUCCAAUGUGCAUGUCAUGGGGGGUUUUUAAUGGACAAUCGGAUUGCACACUUUCGCAAAAUGACUAUGACAAUAUUCCUACUGGUCUCAGCGCGGCAGGCUCAAGAAACUGUGGUGUUCCCUAG